AGAAACAUAAAUAAUGGCAAUCAAGAAGUUUUCAUCUCUUCUAUUACCUUUAUUGAUGGUUCUUGCUCUCGUUGUUUUGCCGAUAAUAUCAGGGAGAACUCAAGAGCAUCCAUGUCAAGAUUAUAGAUUAGGCUGCAAAAGUAGAGAUGUAUGCAAUGCAAAAUGCUUAUCACUAGGUUACGUCAAAGGGGGUGAUUGUGUAACAUUUGCUUUUCCUAUAUGUUGUUGUAAAAUCAAUUUCGGAUUUCAAGAUGAUUCUCCUAUUUCUAGUCCAAUCUUUACGGACUAAUCAUUAUGUAAUAUGUAUUUAAAGUUAUAUGAAUAACAAUCAUACAUUCAGCUA